UCAUCAUUUCUAUAUCACGUGUCAGCGACACCAUCAUCCUUGUCGCGUUAGCGAGAGAGAGCGUCUUUGCACGGCAAUUUACUAAUUUAUUUGCCGCAAUUCGCAGUUAUGUUCUUAUCUCCGUCUCGGACAUUGCAGACCGUGCGGGACGUUGGCCCAAUAGAUUCCUACAUUUUCGGCUUGCCGAAAAGUACCCCCGUUUGUUCUGUGGGCGGCGAGGUUUCCAGCUUCCUAGAUCGUCGUGUCACCUGCGACGGAACAUCGAUAGUUCGGCCACAAAGCCGCACCGUGCGUUAGUGAUAUUUUUGUGGCGGAGGUGGACGGACCACAGACACAGAGGAGAGAUCGGUGCGAGCGCAAUUUGACGUAAUGCUGGUGUAGAUUGUUGCGAUGCGAUGUUUUUAUUACACGAAAUCGGCGAUUGCUGUCCAAUUAUGAUGGAGGAUACCGGGUGAGGAUGUUGAUGCGACCGUUCGUGUGCCGUGGAUUGUUCGCUUUUCUGUAGAUGGUAGCGUCGCUCAGACAUGAAAACAUCCCGACCAUGGACAACCUAGGCUUCCAAGAUUCCACAAAUUCCCGCAAGCUCGGCAGGUCCGUCAGCGUGAACACGCCCGCCGAGAGCUUCCCCCUCUACAAGAGCCACACCUGCAAUUCCGCCAUGAUUCUCAGGUGGCGCAGGGCGGGGGAAGACCCAAACGUCAUGCUGGAGGAGGAUUACCCCUCCGACGACUUCGAGUACAUGGAGUGCGGCCCCUCACCCCCUUCCGAUCACACACCCCACAUCUACGAGAGCUUCGAGGAGUUCUCCAGCACCACCAACGAGCUGACGGUGCAGAUCUGCCACGACACCAUCAAGAUGAACCUGGUGGAGCAUAUGAAGCUGUCCUCGGGCAGGCACCAGCUCCUGGACGAUAUCGAGAUGAAGAAAACCACCCAGGACAACCUGACUGAGGCGUUCAAAGGGGCGACGAAGCUGGAGGUCAACAUAUCCUUCCUGUGGGCGGCCUUUAUGAAGAGGUGGGAGCUGCUGGACGGUUUCCUGUUGAUCGGGGCUUCCAAGUUGUACUACGAGCCCAACCAAGGGCUGAGCGCUAUUCAUUUGGCAGCUUUUAGCGGUUGCAUACCCGGUACUCAGUUUAUGAUAGCUAAAGGGUGCGAUGUUAACUCUAUGUUCAAGUGUUAUACCCCGCUGCAUUGCGCUGCUUUUGGGGAUAGUCCGGAUACAGCCAUGGUUUUGCUGAAUAACGGCGCGAAAGUGCAGUCUUUGACUAAUAGUCCAAGCAAUUCGAACGAAAGUGUCUUGCAUUGUGCUGUGAGGGCGAACGCUGUUGCUUGCGUGAGACUAUUUACGGCAGAGGGCGCCGAUGUCGGUCAGGUGGAGUACUGCGGUAUGUCGCCCAUACACCUAGCGGCCGACCUUGGCCAUCAGCAGUGCCUCAAGAUAUUACUGGAAGCUAAAGGCACCAACGCAAACGCAAUCACUAAAGAAAAGGAACAAACGGCACUUCACUUGGCUGCUGAAGGGGGAUACCUGGAAUGUAUCGAGGUUCUACUUGACAAACACGCGAAUUCUAACGCUAAGAAUCAGAGAGGACAAACGCCUCUCCAUUUGGCAGCGAGAGCGCAGGCUUACGACUGCGUGGAGAUGUUGAUGCGUAAAGGAAACGCAGACCCUAACAUAAGCGAUUUUGAUAAGCGAACCCCUCUACACGCGGCCGUCGGUAAAGCAGCCAGAUCCUACGACAUUAUCGAGAUCUUGGUUAGUUGGGGAGCCGACGUUAACGCUAAAGACCAAUACGGCUACACCCCCUUGCACAUAGCCGCCUUGAACGAGCUGAGUCAGUGCGUGGAGAUCCUCAUCUAUCACGGUGCAGACGUGACGGCCAAGUCGAAGCUGGGGAUAACCGCCCUAGGGAUCAUAACCAGGAAGACGCCGGCGUCUUUGGCCAUGGUCACCCAUAAACUCGACUCAGCUAUCAGCCUGCAUCACCACCCUGAAUCUUCCAACAGGGAGGUCGAACUUAGAUUAGAUUUUCGCAGCAUAUUGCAACAUUGUCACCCACGAGAGAUAAGCUUCUUGAACACCUUCGUCGACGAGGGUCAAAAGGAGAUAUUGUUGCAUCCUUUGUGCUCCGCCUUCCUGUACCUGAAAUGGGAGAAGAUAAGGAAGUACUACAUAGCGAGGAUAUUCUUCUGCUUCGUGUUCGUCCUGAGCCUAUCGCUUUACGUACUGACCGCACUGGCUCACAACUGCUACAACCACGGAAAGAACAUGAACGACACCCAGCCCCAGAACGUCAUAGAGUUAUGCGAGAAGAAGUCCAUGAUGGGGCACAUGUUGAGGAACAAUCCAUUCGUUAUCGAGAUGCAGUGGUUCGUCUUGGUAGGCAUCACGUGUUGUGAGAUCUUGAGAAAGGUCUACGGUAUAGCGGGCUACCCCAGCGUUAGGCAGUACCUGUCACAUAGGGAGAACAUAAUAGAGUGGAGCGUCAUCUGUAGUGUUUUCGUGAUAUCUUUCAUAUACACCGGAAGGACCUACACGUGGCAGAACCACGUGGGCGCUUUCGCGGUAUUGUUUGGCUGGACCAAUCUGAUGCUGAUGGUUGGACAGUUGCCGGUGUUCGGUUCCUAUGUAGCGAUGUACACCAGGGUGCAGGGGGAGUUCGCCAAACUGCUCCUCGCCUACUCUUGCCUCUUGAUCGGUUUUACAAUAAGUUUCUGCGUUAUAUUUCCAGACUCCUCUACGUUCGCCAAUCCCUUCAUAGGGUUGAUAACGGUGUUGGUUAUGAUGACGGGUGAGUUGAAUCUUGACCUGUUGGUGGACGAUGACCCGGAAGAUCCGCCAUUUUUGCUGGAGAUAAGCGCGCAGGUCACCUACAUCCUGUUCCUCCUCUUCGUCACCGUUAUCCUGAUGAAUCUUCUAGUGGGUAUAGCCGUUCACGACAUUCAAGGCUUGCAAAAGACGGCAGGGUUGUCAAAGCUUGUCAGGCAGACGAAACUGAUAUCUUACAUGGAGUUGGCGCUUUUUAACGGUUACCUACCUCAGUACCUCCUGAAUUUGUUACACUGGACGGCGCUGGUGUCGCCUAAAGCCUACAGGGUGGUUUUGAAUGUAAAACCGUUGAAUCCCAGGGAGAAACGCUUGCCUAGGGACAUCUUGAAAGCGGCUCAUGAUAUAGCCACUAGACGCAGGAAAUACGGGCACACCAUAUCGUCGCAAGGUAGUCAUGCGACUGCGUACACGAAGAAACAGACGAACAACAACACGGAUCAUCAGGCACUGGACCUGGUGGAGAUGACUGGGAUGGUGCCCAUGUUGCAGAACAAGAUAGAUAAGGCUUCCGAGCAGAUCGAACAAUUGGGUAGGGAGGUUAGGGACCUGAAAACGGCCUUGCUGAGUAGUCAGAAGGUUAUGGAACAGUUGAUACAUACGAUUGUUAACAAUAAGAUCAGUUCGGACUGUUGACGAUUGCAAUUUCUGUGAUUCAAUUCGUGUUUCUUAGGGAUUUGAACACAAAAUUUUGUAUUUGUUUUAGUUGUUUUUACACAUUAUCCUUUUAUUUCUACUUAUCUGUAUUUAUUAGGAAUUGUUCUCAUGGCAUGUUUGAGACAUCUACCGUUACAGUCAAUUCAAUAAUGUUCAUGUCAGUAUU